AUGGGAAAAGACACCUUCACCCUGGGUGGCCGGGAGUGGCCUAAGGUGACAUGGUGGAGGAUGAAGGGCAUGCGCUUCGUUUACCUUACUUUGUGGGCGGCGAUGAUUACCUCGGCUACCAAUGGUGUGUUCCCCUUUGACCACACUCUGAAUCAUGCGACUAACAAGAUCGAAGGUUAUGAUGGGUCUUUGAUGAAUGGACUGGAGGCUAUGGACUCCUGGAAAGGAUCCUACAAUAACCCACAAGGCUCUACACUUGGUCUUCUGGCCGCAUCCAUGGCGAUCGGUUCUAUGCUCUCUAUCCCUGUUGUACCCUACGUCGCAGAUAUCAUGGGACGACGGGCUGGUGUUGUCAUAGGCUGUGUGAUUAUGCUUUGCGGUGUCGCGAUGGUGUCUAUUGGAUACCAUAUUGCCUUAUUUGUGGUCGGGCGCAUUGUCCUUGGCUUUGGCCUGGGAAUCUCGCAGGAGUGCUCGCCACUUUUGGUCACGGAGCUUGUCCACCCUCAGCACCGCGCUGUCUACAGUAGUAUUUACAAUUCGCUUUGGUAUGUCGGCAGCUUGAUCGGCGCCUGUGUUGCUUUGGGUACAAACCAUAUUGUUGGUGCCUGGGGAUGGCGUGUUCCGUGUCUUUUGCAGGGAAUUCCAUCUAUCUGCCAGUUAAUAUUCAUUUGGACGGUACCCGAGUCACCUCGCUGGCUCAUUUCAAAGGGCAAGCUCGAGCAGGCCAAGAAGAUCCUGGCUUACGUCCACGCACAAGGCGAUGAGGAUGACGAGUUGGUCAACGUCGAGUUUGACGAAAUCCAGCAGACCAUUGCGCUGGAGAAACAAUUCGAGGGCAACAGCUGGUCCGAAUUCUGGUCAACAGCUGGAAACCGUCACCGUUCCAUUAUCCUGAUUUCCAUCGGCUUCUUCUCUCAAUGGUCCGGAAACGGCAUUGUGUCUUACUUCCUGCCCCAGGUUCUCAAGCUCAUCGGAAUCACAAACAGCAACACAGUCCUCACCAUCAAUCUUGUUCUCAGUGCGGUAAACGUUGUUUCAGCAACCGGAAUUUGCUUUUUUGUCGACUAUUUCGGUCGACGGAAGCUUUUCCUUACCUCAAGUAUCAGCAUGCUUCUCUGCUUUGUCUCGACUACUAUUGCCCUGGCUCGGUUUGCCGAUGGACCAUCUGGCAAUGACACCGCAGCACAUGCCGUUAUUGCAUUCAUCUUCCUCUACUUCAUCGCCUAUAACAUCGGAUUCAGUGGUCUCCUUGUGUCCUACUCGUCGGAGAUUCUGCCAUACCGUCUCCGCGCCAAGGGUCUCACUCUCAUGUUCUUCUGUGUUGAUCUGAGUCUGUGGUUCAACCAAUACGUCAACCCGAUUGCCCUCCUAAGCAUUCAGUGGAAGUACUACAUCGUCUACUGUGUUUUCCUGGUCUUUGAGAUCUUCGUGGUUUGGAAAUUCUACAUCGAAACCAAGGAAACUCCUCUGGAAGAGAUUGUUAAACUCUUUGACGGCGAUAAAGCCAUUUUGGGUGGAGCGGCCGCGUCAGAAAAGAUCACUGCGCUUACUGCUCGUGAUGGGCAGCCAGUGGAGAUCGAUGGCGAGAAAGCCAUUACCACUCAGGUUGAGCUUAGAGCCUAG